AAAAAUCCAUAAUAAUGCAAGUAUUAUGUUUUUAGUAGUUAACAUGUGGUGACUAAUAUUGUAAAUAGAUCAUUUUCUCAAUCCCUUCAGGCGAUCAGUGGCCAGGCCAUAGACAGACACCUGCUGGGCCUUAAAAUGCAGGCUGUUGAAGAAAAGCUCUCCAUACCUGCUAUCUACACCGAUGCGGCCUACUCCAAAGCUUUACACUACAAGCUGUCUACAAGUCAGGUACCUUCCAAAAUUGACUGCGUCAUGUGUUUCGGCCCAGUCGUACCUGACGGAUACGGCGUGUGCUACAAUCCCAUGGAGGAUCACAUCAACUUUGUGGUGUCUUCUUUCAACUCCUGUAAAGAAACAAACUCGGCACAUCUGGCCCAGGCCAUGCAGGACACUCUGUUGGACAUGAGGACGCUGCUGGAACAAACCCCAAGAGCCAAACUGUGAAGCUCCUUUAGACUCUACUAACCUCUCUGUAGAUUAGGUUGAUGCGACAGGGCCAGUUUCAGUGACGGCGCUAAUGAGUCAGAUCUGAUGGUAAAACCACUUUCAGUGUGACUGAGUAACAUGUGAAUGACUGAACCCCACUCCUGCUGCAAGGCUGCUGAGCUCCGGUUGGUAGUCUGAACCAGGGUUCUCACCUGGAUAUUGAUUAUCAACAUGCAUUUUAAAUGAGGCAUUGAAACGUGCUACAAUCUCAAAGCCCAUCGGCCAUCGGUCCAAUGAGGAUUAAGUCUCCUGGGCAAAGGACAAAAUAUUUGGGUUAGGGUUAACUGAUAUGAUAUUUUGUGCAGCUACACAAUGCGCUCAGACAUCCUGCUUGUGGACCUUCAUAGAAAAGCAUCAGAAAUUUAGAUUUUCCUGUGGUGUUAUUUGAAUUUACGCACAUUAAAUUAAAGAUUCAGCAUGUAGGAUUUAGGGGGAUAUAUUGGAAGAAAUUGAGUUUUAAUAUAAUGAGUAUGCUUUCUUUAGUGUAUAAUCACCUGGAAUAAGAAUCGUGGUUUCAUUACCUCAAAAUAAGCUGUUUAUAUCUACAUAGGGAGCGGGUCCUUGUCAGUGGAGAAUUACCAUGUUGCACCACCAUCUUUCUGCAGUAGCCAAGAAUGGACAAACCAAGCUCUGGCUCUAGGUAGCAACAUUCACGUUUUCGUUUGUUUGUGCCGGCCACCGUGGUUAGAAGCCCUUCUGCAACGAACAGCAUCAGGACAACACUGAUUUUUAACCUGAAACUGCUUUAUUGAGCGUUUUUACCAGUUUGAAUCAAUGGGUCUGUUUGUUUUGGAAAGGAAAAGACCUCUGUGGGCAAUUCGGCUCCAGGUAAAAACCUACGAAAAAUGAACACUGAAGAAUUCUAACUGGGAGCAGUUUCAGCUGGUUGCGGUAUAGGAGUGGUUGCAAUUUAGGACCCUUGGAUUUAAAUCAUGUUUUUGCCCGCUUAAACCAACAUGUUCGUUUAGUUUUGGAGAGCAAGAGACUUUGUGGAUAACUCAGCUCCCAAUAAAAAUCUCCUGAACAAUAAAAACUAAAAA